AUGGAGGAUAGAAAGCGGCCUGCCAUCAGCAGUGCUGAUGAAAUAGCCCCCCCGAGUAAGAGAGUCGCUGUCAAUGGCUCCAAGGCCAAGGACGACCCCCUUGACAUGAAGGAGGAAAGCUGGGUUGAGGCCUAUACAAAGGGCGCCAUCUAUCGUCAGAUGCAAGAGUACAGUCGCAAGGCCUCAACAUACGAGUCACGCCUCGAAGAGCUUCAUAAACGAUCUGUCCAUCAUGAUGACCACCUGAGGAUAAUUGAUGCUUGGUGGCGACAGGUACUUGACGAGAUGGAGCUUCUUCUCACAGAGUCGGGUGUCACUUCGCAAACGCCCUCAGAACCCCCAUAUCUGAGUAGCGUCAGUUUUAAGGACCUCCACGACUUCCAGAAACAUCUAUCCGAAAAGGGCAAAGGGAUCAAAUCGAGAGCUGAAGCGAUUCUUGCACGCUUGGCUUCUUCACGAGGCAGCAUUAAACCCGAUGCUGCCAAGUUGGAGAGCAAGGUUGCUGGCUUGCUGGCUGCCCAGAAGGAAUACUUCGCCAAAUUGGAUCGACUCAAGACCGAGAAGGAUCAACUUUCAGAACAGCUCAACGCUGCGACCUUGCGUUACUUCAAAGCAGAGAAGAAACUGGACCGCGCAAAGAGUUCUCAGGUCCAGAAGAUGGAACAACAAGCCUUCGCCAAUGCUACUCGACCUUCUGCCUCUGGAGACGUUAAUACCGAUUCUGGCGAGACGAACGGGAACUCAGGCGAGCUACUGCUCAAGUAUGAGGAGGCGACUGCCGCUGCUACUAAGCAAAAGGAACAGCUAGAUGUUUUUCUGGCCGAGAUCAAGGCCUUGCAGGACGAAAAUUCGACUCUCAAGGCGAAGAGAGAUACCCUAACCGACGAAGAUUUCAUUCGAACCGAUGUCUUUAAACAGUUCAAGAACCAGAACGAGGAUCUUAUCAAACGUAUCAACACACUCGAGGCCACAAACAAGCAAUUGCGAGAAGAGGCCGAAAGGCUACAAGCAGAGCGAACGACUUUCAGGACUAUGCUUGAAGCAGAUGCGAAUCAGGUGACUCAGGAGCUCGAGUCCGAGAUCAUAUUACGGGAUCAGGAUCUUGCCCGAGUGCGUUCAGCCCGAGACGAGCUGCUGGCGGAGACGACACAACACAAGGCGAGGUUGGAUCAAGAACGAGCAUCGGUUGAGCAGGUGAAGGCGCUAGCAUCUGCUAAGGAGGACAGAAUCACGGCACUCGAAUCACAGCUCUCACGGCUCCAGCAGAGCGAAACUCAGCAGGCGGUCAACCCGGAUAUUGAGGUCCUAACAGUAGAGGAGCUUCGCUUGAAGUACACAAAGCUGCAACAGGAUUUCGACUCGAUCAACAUGGAGUUGCCUGCCAUUGAAAAGGCAUACAAGAAGAUGAAGGAACUCGCUCACAGGAAGGCAAUGGACUUCAGCGCUACAGAAGAGCGCAUGUCGAUCUUGAUUGCCGAGAAGAGCAAGGCCGACCAGAAAUACUUUGCUGCCCGAAAAGAUGCGGAUACGCGAAACAAUGAGAUAAGAUCAUUGCGCCACCAGAACAGCAAGAGCUCAGAAAUCAUUGCUCAACUCAAGGAUCUUGAAUCACAAAACCGUGUGCUUCUAGGCAACCUGGAGAAACAGAUGACCGAUCUGAAGCAAUCAAAUGCUUCUCUGAUGACAGAGAACAAGAAGAUGGAAGUAACGAGUCUUGACGCUGUCCGCCGUACCGAGUCGCUCAACAAGCAAGUUUCUGAUCUAUCCAACUUGGUCAAGUCCAAAGACGCCGCAUCAGCUGUGGUUCGCGAGCGUAAUGUUAUGCAAGAAACUGAGGUCGAAAAGAUGAAGGUGCGACUUGAGCAUGCACAGAAGGAUCGCGACAACUGGAAGAACAAGGCCCUGAGUAAUUCUUCCGAGGAAGAGGAAAUGCUUCGAACAUUCGCUCUAUGCACUAUUUGCCGCAACAACUUCAAGAAUACGGCCCUCAAGACAUGCGGUCACUUGUUCUGCAACCAAUGUGUCGACGAUCGCAUCAGUAAUCGCAUGCGCAAAUGUCCUACGUGUUCCCGCGCCUUCGAUAAGAUGGACGUUAUGCCCGUUCAUCAUUGA